AUGAUCGGAACACAGGCGCAAAGGCGAAACAAGGCCGACAGAGCCCAAAUUGCACCUUGCACGGUCGAACAUAUUCUUGCAAAGACUUUGCGAAGAGAGAUGCAGCGUUCGAGGAGGAGGCGGAGAAGUGUCUUGCUCAAAGGGAAUUUACGUUGCCUUUCGAGGCGAGAAAUGAAAUUGAAGAAAACGGAUCAGGUUUCAAAUUCUAUGAAUGGCAAUGAGAGGAGAUCGAGCUCAGCAGAAAUAAACAUUAGCCCUGUGUCAGAUGCGACUUCACUCCCGCCAAAAGGGGACACGGAAAAAGUGAGCAUCGCGCCUGGCAAAAGCACUCUCGGCUGUAAGAAAACUAUGGAACAAAGCCACGUUUUACGGCCUGGUUUGAUUACUUCCCGCAACCGAGACAAUGCUACCGGCAUUGUUAUUCCUCUGCGACAUAACAAGGGCUCUACCAGCGACAUAUUCAACUCUCGCCAAGAAGUAGGCACAGCUGGACGAGGCCAUAGGAGGCACGGCCGUAAAUCGCGGCCGCCCAUACGCGAUGAGGUCGAACGAGGCUGCCGCGGACUCCACAUCAUCGAGCUGGAGGUUCCUGACGUCAUCCAGAACGGGUCGCAGUCCUCGGUGCUGCUGGACUGCAAGUACCACUACGAGCGCUACGAGGAGGAGGGCCUGGUCGUCAAGUGGUUCUGGAACCAUGAGCCGGAGGCCGUGUACCAGUGGAUCCCCGGAAAGAGGCCCGAGGCCAUGGGCGUGCUCAAGGGUCGCGUGAACCUCGACUACCCGGCUUCCAAGGACAAGUACAGCCAGCAUCGCGCCCUCGAGAUCCUGCACCCGACGACCGAGCUGACAGGAGUCUUCACCUGCCGCGUGUCGUCCUUCCACGACGAGGAAUAUGCCUCGAAAAGGAUGAUCGUCUAUGCGCCGGCGACGAGCAUGAACGCGUCGUACCACAAGCCGACGCCCGACACCGUCAACAUCACCUGCGACGCCCACGGCAUCUACCCGCAGCCGCGCCUCCUGCUCUUCCGGGGCACCAACGCCAGGACCAGGAAGUCCAUCAGCGAGGCCAAGGUGGAGGCGGUGGAGGGCGAGGUCGGCUACAGCGUGUUCCUGGAGGCGCUGCUGGAGGACCGCUCGCUGCUCCAGGAGACCGUCUUCGAGUGCGUGCUCUCCAUCCCCGACACCGAGUACCAAGUCCGGAGGAAGAUCAUCUACUUCCCGGGUUACGCGGCCCUUGGGAGUUACGGUGGCGCAACAGUGAGCCCUCCGUUGCCUCUCUUCCUGCUUCUGCUGCCGUCCCUGCUGCUGCUGGCGACCUCCCUCCGCGGGCCCUUGCCCCUGCCGACCGCCCGCUGACCGUGAGGAGGCAAGAGUCGUCGUGACGUCCAGCGACAGGCCCGUCAGCGCGAUUCUCACCGUGUUCAUCCGCCAUAAGGGCGCGCGAGAGCAUUCCAUUGAUCACCUAAUCUGUCCUGGAAAAAUAGUCGCUCCAUUGAUCGAUUCACGCGAUUGUGGAUUAUUUUGUUUGUUGGGAAUGUAAAAGAAUGCAUUUCAGUUUAUGGAAUGUUGUGACUUUGGACAGAAAAUGACAACCGGAAAAAGAAAGCAACAGAGGGACAAAGGGAUAGACAUCGAUGCCUCGUAACAACCCAGUGAUGAUUGUCCUCCGCGAACUCAAGUAGUAUAAUGACAGGAAUUUUGAGGUUAAAAUAACUCCUUUGUGAAGACAUUAUUUCUCUUUCCAUCAUUAUUUUAAUUAAAAUUUCCUGUUGCCUUUUUUUCCUCAGCAACCAAUCAAAUCAAUCAAACAGCUGUAGAUUCUGUCUAGAUAUCGAGUAUUUUGGUGUCGUGUGUAAAAUAUAUGUAUGAAGCUUAUUCGCACGAAACUUUUUGAUUUCACAUUUUGGAAAUGCAUAACACUGAAAUUUAACACUUAGGGUUCAGAAUAGCGGCAGCAGAAAGCGCGCUGUAGACAGCUAGUCGUUCGGCUUCUUGUGUUCCCGUAACCACACUGAUUUGCAAAUUGUUCUUCAUAGAAUACUGGUUAGCUGUCAAGGAAAUGGAUAAAUGCUGUGAAUUGUAUAAUAUUUUCACGUCAUCUUUGCAGCAUUUGUAUCUUUGUACGAAUAAGUGUUUUGAUUUGAUUCGAUGUGUGUAUCCGCUUCAUCUGCGCGUAUGUACGUGUUUGAAACAUGUUUUAAUAUCUAGCGUCCCACUGCCCAAUCAGGUAACUGCAAACGCGUCACGUGACCUGGGACGAUGGGAGUCAUGUUCCUAUUGGUUAGAAGAAUCCGACUUGAUCGUCCAGUAAUAUUAGUAAAGAAAAUUAUCUAAACUGGAGAAACAGGAAAGCAAAAGAUUGUUGAAGGUUCCAGUGAUGUGAGAAACCAUGUUUAUUACGUCCAGUUAGAUUAUGAACCAAAAAUAUGGCUUAGAUUUUUUUCUGUUCGUUUUCCAGCUGCUAACACGAAGACCUUUCUCGUUUGGAAAUUCGUUGCCCGUAAUUGUCAUCACUGUACAGCAGAUAGAAAAUACGUUCAUAUGGCUUUGCAGUAAUUUUGCAAAUUAAGGAUUAAUAGAGUUUCACAUCUACAAAACAGAACCAAACCCACUAACGGUAAGUUAUCAACAUAUUUUGUAAAUAAAGUAUAAAUAGACGAAUUUUAUGUUGUGAACUUGACUGAAUUACAUGUUAAACAUUUUCAAUUAAAAGUAUAUAUUACCAUUUUUUGAAUUACAAAUAUAUAUAUAUAUAUUAGCAGAUUUCUUCAUACGAAAAUGUACCGUUAGAGACCACGAAUAAAAUCUUAAAGUCCC